AUAAUUCUGAUUAUUGUCACAAGUGUUGUUGUGUGUUUCUUCCCGCGCACACUGAAGUGUCAGCUGCUCGUGCGUCCUGCUCCGUGCGUCCUGCUCGUGCGUCCUGCUCCGUGCGUCUCCGUGUGCCUCCUUGGUUUUGGUACCGCGCGCCCUGGAGCGUCCGGCCGGGAUGUAGCGGAGAACCGACCCGCAGAGAGCAGCUCCUCGCCGGCCUCCUCGUCCCGCACGGCCCGGGGCCCACGGACCUCCCGCCUCGACACGCGUCACGCUGCGUGGAGACAGGAAGUGUGUGAAAGUUUUGUAGAAACCUCCCGAGCCGUUGAUGGUGGGUCUGCUGGUGAUGCGCCCUGCCCGGAGCUCCUAGCUGGCGGCUUCUUACUUCCCAGUGCCCCGCGGCCUCAUGAUGACCAUGAGCUCCAUGUCGGACUCCCUGGUGCCGCCCGACCCGUCCAAGUCCGCCUUCCUGGAGUUCGGCGGCCACGGCUUCCCCGGCCACCAGCAGCACUCCCCCGGCUUGUCCCACAACCACUACCCGGUGCACGGGCUGCACGCCGUGGGCCCGGCGCAGCACGACGGGCCCUUCUCCGCCGGGGCGUCCUCGUACGGCCGCCCGCUGGGGUACCCGCCGUACCACAGCCCCGUGAGCUCGCACCACCCGGGGGCCUACCUGCCCUACCAGCACGGGGGGCACGGCGGCGCGCUGGGCCACAGCAGGCUGGAGGAUGGAGGUGGGUGUUACACGAGGAGUCCCCCCCGGUUGACCUUGUGUUGUCUCUCGUCUCCAGAGCAGGACAAGCCCACGACGGUGAUCGAGAACGGGGAGGUGCGGCUGAACGGGAAGGGAAAGAAGAUCCGGAAGCCUCGGACCAUCUACUCCAGCCUCCAGCUCCAGGCGCUCAACCAGCGCUUCCAGCAAACCCAGUACCUCGCCCUGCCCGAGCGGGCCGACCUGGCGGCCAAGCUGGGCCUGACGCAGACCCAGGUGAAGAUAUGGUUCCAGAACAAACGAUCUAAAUACAAGAAGAUCAUGAAGAACGGACCCUGCGGACCUGAGGGAGACCACCUCGCCCCCCCACAGCCGUCCUCCUCCUCGCCCUGCUCCCUGUGGGACAACAGCAUGGUGGCCAAAGGUGCCCCGGUGCACUCCGGGGGAUAUAUGAACAAUUUUGGACUCUGGUACCCUGCACACCAGCAGGACUCCAUGCCAAGGACUCAGAUGAUGUGACAGACAGGAAGCAGCAGGGGACACUUCCAGGACACGUGAUGGAUUAACCCCCGACUGGAGCGGACCAGCACACGGACAUGGUUCAGAGUGUGAGCCGCUCUAGAGGCAUCGAUCCACGGGUCGGUACCAGAUACUGUGUGUGAGGGGGAAAUGGAUCAAUCAGAUAAUAUUCAAACAUAUAAACAACCUUUAAAGUAAUAAGACUUACGUAAUAAGUUGUAAAAUAUAUCAUUAAAUUAAAAAAUUCAUGAAAUAUUUGGUGGCUAUAAAUACCUCAGGGGCUGAAAAUGUCCUUUUCAAACUAAAACAACCUGUGUCCACAGAGCUGUCCAUGUUAACAGUGAUUAGAGCACAUGUCACAUGACCACUCAGGUACACUGGGCGUGCACGUGACAGUUUAAACAGUAAAGACACGAGAAUCUGAAUCUGUCAAACACAGAGUUUCACUGAGCAGCUGUUUGAGGAGAAUCAGGCUCAGAACCUGCUUCUCCAGGACGGAGGUCAUGUGAUGAUGAUCAGUGAAGGUUCUGACCGGGUUCCUGCUCCUCCAGAACCAAACACAGAUUCAUCUUCUCUGUUUCAGCGUCUCUGAAUCUCCGGAGUUUGAACUUCAGGUGAAUCUGUUUCAGAGUCGAUGUGUUUUCAGGUGAAAACAUGUUCGUGAUGAUGAAGCUCAGUUCGUCUCGACUUGAGCUGAAGAACUAAAAACACACAACUGACAAAUUCCAUUCAACUGAAGAACCUUGAUUUAUUGAUUCCAUCUGUAGCUGCAGAUCUUUUAAACACUCAGCUGGUUUGUUUCUGCCUCCAGAGCCGCUCCUCACGUUCCAGGUUUCAUUUCCUCGGUGUUUUCUCCGGGUUCCAGUCGAUCGGAGGGUUUUGGGUUUUCAGGGUUUUCUUCUUCACUGAACUUCACGGAUCAAAGAACUCUGCGGUUUGCAAACGCUAAAACCAGAUCAAAUUAAAUAAGGAAUACAAUUCACUUCUCACCAUUGUGUGUGUUCUAUAAAUCUGACGGGGGUUUGUGUGGUACAAUUAUGGUUCAGGCCUGUAAAGAUUUAUUAUGAGAGAAAUGAUUUUUAUGAUGAACACUUUUAUGAUUCUUAUAAAACCCUUUUUAAGUUGGUAUGGUAAAAACGCACUGAACGAACACAGCUACUUUAAUGUAUUAUUGAGUCUUAAUUGAGUCAAAUUAUAUAUAAAUAUAAAAUGUAUUUUGUCAUUAUAAUAAAAAAAAAUCUAAAAUAAGAUCAAACCAAAAAGAAUAUUCCAGACUUGUAUUUGAAAUCAUUCAUGUGCUGAUGUUGCGGUUUUCAGAAUUUAAAUAAUUUACUAAAUUAAAAUUCCGUGUGCGUCCAGCGCCAUUUCAUGUUCUGUCCCUGAUACUGGUCUCUGAGCUGGAGACAGAAGACACUGGUCUCUGAGCUGGGGACAGAAGACACUGGUCUCUGAGCUGGAGACAGAAGACACAUGGACAGGGUUCUGAUGGACUUUUAAUGAUGGAUCUGUCAAUUUUAAAUGUUAUAUUGUUAAUUCUGCUCGUUUCCUGUCAGACCUGCGACAGGAGACUAAACUGUUUUAUAAUAUAUUGACUCUUGUC